AUGUAUCCCAUUCUGUGGAUCCUUCUGUUAGCCAUUGUUGCUCCAACAAAAAGUUUAAACCAAACAGGUUUGCCUGAAAGCUUGGACUCAUCAAAUGGAUUCGUGUUUGAGAUGCUGAUGAACAAGCUGGAAAACAUACAGCGUGAUAUUCAAGUGCUUCAAGACUCCCAGAAGGACAUCAAACGGGACCAGGAGGAGCUCCGCACUGUGGUCUUGAGCAAGCUGAACGAAAAGCACCAAAUUAACGGCUCGAUAAAGAAGGAUUGCAUUCCAACGGCACAGGAAACAACUGAAGAAAGUAUACCGACAACGACUACUAAAUUUUAUAAUCUGCUAUUAAAUGCAACAUCAUACCGAUCGUGCGAAGAUGCGCCAAUCAAUUCCUCCGGAAAGUAUCUCAUACAACCGAUUGGAUCGGAAAGUGAGCCCUUCCUGGCGUACUGCGACCAGGGCGUGCUUGGUGGAGGUUGGCUAGUGAUACAGUACCGCUUCGAUGGAUCCGUCGACUUUCUACGCAACUGGAAUGACUACCGGAACGGAUUCGGUCGCGUAGGGAAAGAGCAUUGGCUCGGAUUGGAGCGGAUACAUCAGCUUACAUCUACACAGCCCUACGAGCUGCUUAUCGAACUGAAAGACAUUGCGCAAAAGAAAAUAUAUGCCAGGUAUGACGCGUUCGAGGUUGCGGGUGAAGACGACGAGUACCAAUUGAAAACUCUGGGUGCGUUCAGUGGACCGAUGAGCGAUUCGUUGAGAUAUCACCAGGGCAUGAAGUUUUCAACGAUUGAUCGCGAUAACGAUGAACAUCCGAAAGACCUGGCCGCUGAUAGACCGGGUGAUACGGAUAACUGGCUAAGCUGGAACUCCAACAUACCGAGAACCGGUCGGGCCUGA